CAACUGAUCGGAUAAAAUAUUUUGUACGAUGUGUGUGUAUAAGAUGGUGUGUAGAUAGUUGAUUUGCGUGGUGUGAACGCUAUCAUUGAGUAGUACGCCAGUUUACAUUUACGUUUAUGGUAUAUGUAAUAUACGUCAAUGAUCCAUCUCAUCAACUCGAUAGACGUCAGAAUAAUCGGUGACAAAUCGAAGCGAAAGUCCAAAGAUUCCUCGCAGUGAGCAGCGCGUCAUUGUCGGGUCACGAAUAAAUGAUUCAGUAAUCAUUCGCGUUAGGUAUGAUUUCACUCAAUAGAGUAUAUUAAUGUGGACGAACUCAUCUGACGUUGACAAUUUGAAUGUCUUGACAUUUUGGGCGUGAUGGGUACAAGGAGAUUUGCAUAUGUGUUACUUCCUCGUGGUAAUUUUCGGAUCGUGAUAUGAUUAAAGAGAGAAAAAGAUCUCCCAUUUCUUUUUAAUAUAUACGUAUAUACAUUUGAAAGCAAUGGCUGCAGGAGGUAGCAGCUUCAUAAGUAAACCAGCCAGAGGUUGGUUACAUCCAGAUCAUCUAGUAAGUAAGGAAGGAAUUACUUAUACAGUAAAGUAUAUUGGAUGUCUUGAAGUAUAUACAUCUAUGAAAAGCUUAGAUUUUGAAACACGUUCGUGUGUAGCUAAAGAAUGUAUAAACAGAGUUUGUGAAGCUGCUGGAUUAAAAUCUGCUGACAAAAAGAGAAGGGUUGAUAGAAAAGUGUUAAGAGCAAUAGCAGAUAAACCUCGUAUGGAACACACUGCUGCUACUGUUAAUUUAACUAUUAGCAGUUGUAGUUUAUCUUUAACAAAUAUUGAAAAUGGACAUAUUAUUGCUAAACAUGACAUGCCACGUAUAUCUUUUGCUUCAGGUGGUGAUACGGAAAUACUGGAUUUUGUUGCAUAUGUGGCUAAAAAUAUGCAAGAGUGGCGAGCGUGUUAUGUGCUUGAAUGUGCAGGUGGUUUAGCACAGGAUGUUAUAUCCACUAUUGGACAAGCAUUCGAGCUUAGGUUCAAAGAAUUUCUUACAAAACCAAGUUCUUUGCAUCCUGUACUAAAUGGUGUUCGAGAAGCAGAUAGAGAUUAUUACAAUGAUCUACCAGGCAAAGUACCACCUGACAUUGGCCCACCACCGGUACCACCUUUACCUACUACUACAUCUACACUGCCUAAUCUAAAGCAUCAUCCAAAUCAUACAUCACGCAUUCAUGCACAAAAUACCGCAAUGGAUUUAUUUUCCUCUGCCACUGAUAGACAGCACCAGGAGUGGGCAGAAACUGGGAAUCUAAUUGAUUUGAACUCAGAUGGUACUAUAUCCUCUGCAACAAAUCUAAAUACAAUGCCUGAACACAAUUAUGUUAAUGAUAGUGUCAUAGCUGCAAACAGAGAUAAUCACCGUGAUCCAGCAUCACUUUUUGAUGUUUUUGAUAUGCAGCCCUUCAGUUCUGCAAUAUCGGAUAUGAAUAGACUAAGUCCUCGAUCACAAAAACAACAAUUAAAACAAGAAAUAUGGUUUCAUGGAAGUGUUAGUCGAUCCGAAGCGGAAUCUAUGCUUACUAGAGAUGGUGAUUUUCUGGUUCGAGAAUCACAAGGUUCCCCUGGUCAAUAUGUUUUGACUGGUAUGAAUAAUGGUACUCCAAAACAUUUAUUAUUAAUUGAUCCUGAAGGUGUUGUUCGCACAAAAGACCGUGUAUUUGAUAGUGUAAGUCAUCUAGUGAAUCAUCACUGUGACAAUGUGUUGCCUAUCAUAUCUGCUGAUAGUGUUUUAGUACUGCGUUAUCCUAUUCCCAGGCAUACAAAUUACUAAUUUUUGUAAUAAUGACGAAUAUUAAACAUAGAUUUAGCAAAGAUUUUCUAAAUAGUUAUUUUGCAUGUCUGCAUGUGAAAAUCUUUGGUAAAUCUAGUUUCCGUGAUAUUUUUAAAAUCAGUCACUUCAUACAAAAACAUAUAUGUAUAUUGUUUGUAGUAUCUUUUUAUUGUAUAUGAAUAGAUGAUUUAUGAAUAUUUGUCUCUCUGUGAAUCCUUAUAAAAUGUGCCAAUCCAGCCAAAGUAAUUAAUAGUAUUUAAUUUCUGUAAUUCUCUCUCUCUCUCUCUCUUAUGAGAA